CCCGAAAUCCCUCAGCGCCCUCAGGUCCUCGCGGGAUUCGCUGGUUCCUGUGUAUCCGAGUCCCUGGGUACUGCGAAGAAGGGCUUCCGACCAGGAAGUAGCUUCGGACGUGGGCGGCCUUUCGUCUCAACCCGCGGCGUUUCGAGAGGUACUGGUUCAGGUCCUGGGUCCCCAGGAGCAAGAGAGGUCAAGUGAAGGAAUGAGGGAAGAAAGAGGAAGUUCUUGGACUUGGCUAUCAUUGCUUCUGGGGAGAACUUCAAGGGGACAUCAAGAUUUCUGACUCUAAGAACUUCGUGGCAGAUGCAGGAGACACCAAAGUCAUAGAAUCCAUGUUACUGCUUCCUGAGCACAGAAGAAAAUGAUCAAGGCCCAGGAAUUACUGACACUGGAGGACGUGGCUGUGGACUUCUCCCGGGAGGAGUGGCAGCUCCUGGCCCCCGCCCAGAAGGACUUGUACCGGGAUGUGAUGUUGGAGAACUACAGGAACCUGGUGUCAGUGGGGUGUCAAGCUACCAAACGAGGUGCACUCUCUGUGUUGGAACACAGAGAUGAAGCAUGGAUGAAAGCAGAGGAUGAAAUCCAGGAUAGAACCCGUGCAGGAAUUGGGAAGGUUGACAGUCAUCUGCAAGAGCACUCUCAAAACCACAGAUUUCUGAAGAGCCUUCAACAAUAUGGAGAACAGAGCACAUUUAGAAAUGCUGUUCACCUGAGCAAAUUACAUUUUGCCUUAACACAAAAUCAUGUGUUUGACUUAUGUAGAAAAGCUUUGAAAUCAAGUUUAAGUCUAGUUAACCAGAAGAGAAGAUACGAAAAAGAGAAAGCCGAUGACUUUAACGGAGACGAGAAAUCUUUUCUACGUGGUAAUCAUGAAUGUUUGUAUACUGGAAUUGAAUUCCCUGAAUGUGCGAAACACGUCAGCACUAAAUUCCAAGUCUUUAAGCAUCAGAGGGCUCCUGACACGGAGAACUCCCAAGCAUGCAUCGAAGGUGAGAAAACGUGCAUCAGGAAGUCCCGGCUCCUUUACCCUGAGGGUGGUCACGGAGGAGAGAAGCCCCACGGGUAUGAUCCGUGUGGGAGAUCCUUCUCCAGAAAUGUCACGUUCACUAAGCAUCAGAAAACUCCCGCACCAGACAGAGUCUGUAUAGCCCACGACUGCAGAAGAGGCGCUAGUGCGAAGAGCAGCCUUGCUGUGCCUCAGCAAACCCGUAUGGCAGAGCAGUCCUACACGUGUGGUGAGUGUGGAAAAGGCUUCACCAUGAAGCGCUAUCUGAUCGCACAUCAGCGAACUCACAGUGGAGAGAAACCUUACGUCUGUGACGAAUGUGGAAAAGGCUUCACCGUGAAGAGCAACCUCGUUGUGCAUCAGCGAACUCACACAGGGGAGAAACCCUACAUGUGCACUGAAUGUGGAAAAGGCUUCACCAUGAAGCGUUAUCUUGUUGUACAUCAGCGAACUCAUACCGGAGAGAAACCGUAUAUAUGCGGCGAAUGUGGAAAAGGCUUCACUGUGAAGAGUAAUCUCAUUGUGCACCAGCGAUCUCAUACUGGCGAAAAAUCUUACAUGUGCUCUGAAUGUGGAAAAGGCUUCACCACAAAGCGCACCCUCGUUAUACAUCAGCGAACUCACACAGGAGAGAAAUCUUACCUAUGUAAUGAAUGCGGAAAAGGCUUCACCACAAAGCGCACCCUCAUUAUACAUCAGCGAACUCAUACAGGUGAGAAACCCUAUGAAUGCAGGGAGUGUGGUAAAGCCUUUAGCCAGAAGAUCUGCCUCAUACAACAUGAGAGGUGUCAUACAGGAAAGACUCCCUUUGUGUGUACUGAGUGUGGCAAAUCCUAUUCUCACAAAUACGGUCUCAUUACGCAUCAGAGAAUUCACACGGGGGAGAAACCCUAUGAGUGCAGUGAAUGUGGGAAAGCCUUCACCACAAAGUCAGUACUCAACGUCCAUCAAAGAACUCACACAGGAGAGCGACCCUAUGGAUGCAGCGAUUGUGAGAAAGCCUUCUCGCACUUGUCAAACCUUGUUAAACAUAAGAAAAUCACACGAGAGAAACGGGUAGAUUCAGUCAGGUUGGAAAUUCCUUUAACACAGAGUCGGGGCCAUUACUUAACGAGUGAACUCGUGCAAAACAAAAGCCCUUUGAAUGUGAUGCCUUCUGUGGCAACCAAGACUUCGUUAAACAUCACUGUUUCCAGCAGAUUGGAAUGUCAUUGUGUCCCUGCCUGUUGUCAUAUGUGUGCCCUGAGGAGAUUAAAGAACUCGUCCAGGAGGUAAACCUGGUGAAUACAGUGAAUGUGGUGCCUUCCGUGAUCCUUACCUCGUAUUUUCUGUCAAUGAAAACAUGUUGGAAAAACUCGUGCAUUGAGCAUGGAGACGCCUUGAGCAAAACUUGCUAGUUUCAUUAUAUUCGGAGAAGUGGAUACUGAGCCAAAUUCUGUUGACUACAGAGACUAGGAAGGCCUUCGGUGGGAAGGUAGAUUAUUAUCAGGGAUCGUCGUAGAUCAUCAGUGAGCUUAUUGUUCAUAGAAAUACCAUUUUAAAGAAAUUCAUGUUGACCAUGACCAUGGGAAAGCCUUUACCCAGAAAGAAGACCUCAGUGAGUGUCAAGAGUCCACACUGGAGAAAAACUUUAGGAGGACAGUAUGACAGGAUGUCAGUGAUACAUCCUGCCUUGUUUGGUCAGGUAUCAUACAGAAAUUAAAACUCUAUGGACAUGCUAAAUGUAGAGCACCUUUAGUCAGAUAUCAGAGAACUCGUGAAGGAAUGAAGUCCUGUGAAAGUGGAAAAUAUUUGAAUGCCUUUUUAAAAAAAGGUUUUUUAAUGUUUAUUUUCAGAGAGAGGGUACAAGUGGGGGAGGGACCGGGGGUGGGGGGAGCGGGGACAGUGGAUCCAAAGCCAGCUUUAUGUGGACAGCAGAGAGCCUAAUGCGGGGCUCGAACUUGCAAACUGCGAGAUCAUGACCAACUAGGCCAAAGUUGGACGCUUAACCAACUGAGCCACCCAGGUACCCCUGUUUGAGUGCUUUUAAAUAUUGCAAGUCUGACCUCAUUGUAUACAUCAGGUAAUUCACCUGAUAUGCAUUUUCAGAUGAUACUUGGGAACCCUUUUCUAGUUGCCUUGUCACUAAUUCCAUAGUUUAAAAGUUAGUCUGCUUUCUUCAUCAUUGACUAAUAUUUAUUGUUCUAUGGAGUGUUCUAGGACUACCCUGUAUUAUAUGAUUUGUAAAUUUAGUGUUUUGAAGUAUUUUUUUUUAUUAAAAAAAUUUUUUUUUAACAUUUAUUUAUUUUUGAGACAGAGACAGAGCAUGAACGGGGGAGGGUCAGAGAGAGAGGGACACACAGAAUCUGAAACAGGCCCCAGGCUCUGAGCUGUCAGCACAGAGCCCGACGCGGGAUCGAACUCACAGACCGUGAGAUCAUGACCUGAGCCGAAGUUGGACGCUUAACCGACCGAGCCUCCCAGGCGCCCCGAGUAUUUUGAAGUUUUUUUUUUUUUUUUUUUUUUUUAAUUUUAACGUUUAUUUUUGAGACAGAGAGAGACGGAGCAUGAACAGGGGAGGGGCAUAGAGAGAGAGACACAGAAUCUGAAACAGGCUCCAGGCUCUGAGCGGUCAGCACAGAGCCCGACGUGGGGCUCGAACUCACGGACUGUGAGAUCAUGACCUGAGCCGAAGUCGGAUGCUUAACCGACCGAGCCACCCAGGCGCCCUGUAUUUUGAAGUAUUUUAAAAGGAAACUUUUAAAUUUAUGAUAGCAGAUAUUUGUACUUGCUUAACUCAGUUUUUAAUUAUGACCAGAUAUUUUAUAAAACCACUUUCCAAGUUUUUUUUUAAUUUUGUUUUUUAAUGUUUAUUUACUUUUGAGACAGAGAGAGACAGAGCACAAGCGGGGGAGGGGCAGAGAGAGAGGAGACCCUGAAUCUGUAGUAGGCUCCAGGCUCUGAGCUGUCAGCACAGAGCCCAAUGUGGGGCUCAAACUCGCCAAUCACGAGAUCAUGACCUGAGCCAAAGUUGGAUGCUCAACCAACUGAGCCACCCAGGCACCCCCCAAGUUAUUUUUGAAAAUGUUUAAUUUGAAAUCAUUUUAACUUAGAAGAAAUUGCAAGAUAGUCCAGAGACUUCCCUAGUAUCCUUUACCUAAUGUCUCCCAGUAUGUAAACCACAUUUUGUUGUUGAAUCUAGGAAAAUGACAUUGGUAGUGUACUGUUAGCUAAACCCUUAACCUUAUUUGGAUUUCAUUAGAUUUUCAUAGUUUUUGUUUUGUUUUGUUUUUUUAGGUUGUAAUUCUAAGCAGCUUUAUUACAUUAUAGAGAGUCAUGUAAACCACUACCACAACCAGGAUGUAAAACUGUAAUCAACACAGAGUCUCUCCCUUUUUAUGUUCAUACCCUUUAUCCAGACCUACCUCCUGCAACCACUUACAUUUUCCAUCAGUAUAACCGUGUAAUUCUAUGAAUGCUAUAAAAAUCAUUUUUAUAACUGGAUUUUAUAUAUUUUGUAGAUAUAUUGUAUUUAUAUAAUUUUAUAAUUUUGAUAAAGGUUAUUACAGUAUUAUUGACUAUGUACAAAUUUAUAAUUUUUUAUUAAUAGGGAGCAUGUAAACUUUUCAUGUUUUUGUCAUUUGCAAAUUGCUCUGAAGACUUACUUGAGUUGCUGGAUGGUUUUAUUAUCGUGAGUAGUACACAUACAAAUGUGUCAUUACUGACACAUUUUAUUAGUAAUACACAUGACCAGUUUAUUUUUCCCUUUAUUUUUUUAAAUUUUUUAAAUUAAAAAAAAUUUUUGAGAGAAAGAACGCACGUGAGCAGGGGGCAGAACGGGAGAGAGAUGGAGAGAGAAGCGGGGCUUACCUGCAGCGCAGCACGAGUUCACCCAAAGUGGGUCUCGGGCUCACCGAUUAUGGGGCUUGAACUCAUGAACCGUGAGAUCAUGAGCUGAGCUGAAAUCUGAAGCUUAACUGACUAAGCCACCCAGGUGCCCCUUUCCCUUCACUUGAGAUUUCCUGGUUUCAACUGUUGUAAAGAUGGUAUGAAAUCUGCAUACGGGGCUUUGUGUGAACAUAAAUUUUAAUUCCUCUACAAUAAAUGUUCAAGUGUA